UUUCACAAAUGCAUAUUCUGGCAAGUUGAGUGAUUAUUUUGGUGUAUUGGGUAGUUGUAAAAUAAAUUAACGUAAGAUUUGUAAUAAACUGAGUUGGACAAAUGUUAAAUAACAUAAUCUCGUGAACAAGAAGACAACAACGAAACAGAAACAUGUCUGGUAUGCCGAAUGAUUGGCAAUUAGAAUGCGUCGAAGUGAAGCAAAGGGGAGAAUAUCUCCUGAAGUCUGGACAAUGGUCAGAUUGUACAUUUUUGGUGGGAACAGAGCCCGACCAAGUGGUUAUUGCUGGCCAUAAGCUGAUAUUGGCGAUGGCAUCUCCAGUUUUCGAGGCGAUGUUCUAUGGUGGUAUGGCAGAGAGGAAUGAACCCAUACCCAUACUAGAUGUGCAGCCUGAGGCUUUUAGAGCUCUGUUAGAGUACAUCUACACAGAUAACAUCAACAUCAGCUCGUUUGAUAAGGCCUGUGAGUUGUGCUAUGGAGCUAAAAAGUACAUGCUGCCACACUUGGUAAAGGAAUGUACAAGGUAUCUGUGGUCAGACCUGUAUCCCCGGAAUGCUUGUCGUGCCUAUGAGUUUGCGAGGCUCUUUGAAGAAAAUGUGCUUAUGGAUAAGUGCAUACAGAUCAUCAGCACAAACACCAAAGAGGUUUUAAAUGACAUCAGUUUUGAGGAUGUGGAGCUGAACACAGUGAUGACAGUGUUUUCCUUGGACCACUUGAAUGUGGACAGCGAACUGGACUUGUUUAAUGCUGCCAUCAGGUAUGCCAAGGCUCAGGACAAGAGGAACUCGGAAAGGAGCAUAUCUCCACCAUCAGAGAUUGGGCCUCCGAAUGAGAAGAGGCCUAAGAGCCCUGAACCUUCCACUUCUAAAGAUAAACCACAGGUGGUGAAUGUUGAAAGUAGUGCCGAGAACAGUCCAGAAGCAGUAGUGGAGCCUGCAAAGUCCAGCGACAACUCUGACCAGCCCCUGCCCGGACCUUCAGAUGAGAGCAAGAAGAUCAGAUCUGAACCAAUACAGGUCUUUGAAUUGUGUGGGGAGAUCGAAAAUUUACUGUCACAGGGGGAAGAGUCCAUAAACUAUGCAGAAAUCAUAAAUUCCAAAAUUGAAGAUCCUAAAACUGAUAAACCAACGAUUCGGAAAGCCAUUGAGAAGAUUCGUUUCUUGACGCUGACGCCCCAGCAGUUCGCGGAGGGACCAGCUCGUUCCUCACUCCUCACCGAAUCGGAAGCGUUUGCAGUUCUCAUGAAUAUAUUGUCCAGCACUUCGGACGUGGCCAUGCCAAGCGGCUUCUCUACCUGCAGAGUGCCCAGGAAGCAGCUUAUUGGUGAUGGACCAUCUUCUAAUAUGGCAACGUUAACCGUAGACACUCCAAGCCCCGUCAUGAUGGACCAAGUGUUCGGCGCGCCAUCACACGUCGCCUGCCUACCCCCCUACCCCAGGCCCACUCGACACGACGUAGGCACGAGGCACUCCGCGAUAGUCCAGAACAUGAAUCUAGCAGCCGGACUGGGGGUAGGAGUAGGAGCCGGCGUGGGCAUGGGCCUGGCCGUGGCCGACCUGCCGCACCUGGACCGGCACGGCGCCGACUACAACAAGAUCUACUGCCAGCGACCCAUCAUCCAGCACACCGACUGUCUCAAUACAUCCGUACUCGACUGCUCCGUCACUUUUAUGGUGGAUAAGAAUAUCUGUCUUCUUGGGGUGCAGGUGCCAACUCAAGCCCCAAGCGAAGAGAGCGGAGUCUCCAUGGCGGGUGGCGGUGGAGGCUCCUACUGCGAACUACUGUACGCUCAUUUACUGGACGCGGACGGAGCCAGGCUGACCUACACCCACUACACGAGCCGCGUGCCCUACCGACAUCUGCUCGACAUCAUGUUCAACCGACCCGUCUACAUACAAAGGAACAAGGUGUACAAAGUAGGCAUAGUAUUCAACAAAGUGGGCUGGUAUCCCAUGGGCACCUGUGCUCAGCAAGUAGCUGCCGAGUCUGUCUUCUUCAACUUUGGCAUCGGACAGAGCUCUGACUCCGUCCGAGAUGGACUCAUAAGGUCCAUUAUCUUCACUUACUAGCAUAGACUGCCACCCGAUCUUUGCUUCGUUGUCUAAAGACGGACAAAAGGUUGCUGGUGAUUAUAUAUAAAUAGUACUCAUAAAGUAUUACAGGAUGCCGGUCUCUUGACCGAAGCUCACAAUCAAUUUUGUUUCUUACUCAUGUGAAAAUAAAAUAUCUUUUUAUGUGACGACAACAGAACUUCGCAAUAUGUAUAUAGAAUCUGUAUCUGUUUAGAAAAUCUGACAUUUUAAACGCGAAAUUAAGUCAAUAUCAAGGUUUGUGUUUUUUAAAUAUAAGGUUUAUAUGUACGCCAAAGUUUUGAUACAUGUAUACAUGUUAUAAGCGUCAGUGUAUGUGUGUAAUGUUUCUAUAUUCUAUAUUUCGAAUUUUCAGACAUGUAUAGUCAACAGUUAUUACAAUGAUAUUGUCAGGUACUCAUUACAAUUUUCAUAUAAAAAUCUGAUACGUAAAUAAUGGUUUGUAAAUAAAUAGUAAAAUAUAUUCAUACUCAAUUGAUGUCAAUCAAGUUAAAAACUAUAAUUUGAUUAUAAGUCAACUUUACAGUAAAAAAGACAUGAAUAUGUAAAACUUAUUCAUUUGUUUUACAUUAUACAGGUUGGUAAGGUAUGUGAGUAAACAUGUAUAAACAUACUAAGUGUGAAAUGCAGUUAAAAUAAAUCGUUUUUAUCAUGAAAUCAAAUAUUUUGUUCAAAUUUUUCAUACGCAUUUGUCUACCAUUGCCAUCUAGCGGAGUAUUUAUACUUUUUUUUAAAACUACAGAGGGCUAAUGUUUUUUUUAGAUUUGUUUUUAUGAUGUAAUCAAUAGAACUUAAGGAUAAUCAUUGUACUUAGAUUGUAAUUCUUGUUCAAAUUAUUUAUUAAAAAAAUUUUUGAUACUA